AUGACUUCAAUUCUAACAGGAGAGAUGUGGGUAAAAGAAAUGUUGAUUGGCAAUCCUAUUCGAUGUGUCAAUGCAUUUAGAAUGGAGCCACAAUUAUUUUUAAGAUUGUGUAAUGAUCUAUCAUCUAAAUAUGGACUGAAAUCUAGUUGUAAUAUGUCUAUUCACGAGAAAGUUGGCAUUUUUUUAUAUGCAGUUGCUCAAGGUGCCUCAAAUAGAGUUCUUGGUGAGCGCUUUCAACGUUCCGGUGAAACUAUAAGUAGGGCAUUUCAUGAUGUCCUCAAUUCAAUUUCUUGUCGAAAAUCCAAGGGGCUUGCAUAUGAUAUUAUAAGACCAUAUGAUCCAACUUUUACACAAGUGCCGGCAAAAAUAACAACAGAUGCAAGGUAUAUGCCUUAUUUUAAGGAUUGUAUUGGAUGUAUUGAUGGUACACAUAUAGAGGCAUCGGGUUGGGAAGGUAAGUACUAUUUGGCCGACAAAGGGUAUCCAGAUCGAAAAGGUUAUCUUGUACCAUAUCCGAAGACAAGAUACCAUAAGUCACAAUUUGAAAACGAGCCUCCAAAAAAUGAGCGUGAAACUUUUAAUCGUUGGCACUCAUCUCUUCGAAGUUGCAUUGAGAGAUGUUUCGGAGUUUUGAAGCAAAGGUGGAAGAUACUAAGAAGUAUGCCACAAUUUAGCAUUGAGACACAAAUACGGAUUGUGGUUGCAACAUUUGCACUACAUAACUACAUUCGAAUAAAUUCUCCAAAAGAUCCCCUUUUUCGAGUGUUAGAGGAUUAUCCUAAUUUUAUACCAUCAUGUGAGCUUCCUGAUGUCCGUGUUACUCCCCAAGGUCAAAAUUGCACAGAAAGUUGCACUGAAAUGAAAAUCAUUCGUGACAAAAUAGCAGCUGCUUUAUGGAAGGCGAGAAAUGAGAGAUGCGAUUAUUAUAAGAAACACCAGUAG